AAAUUUUAAAAAAAGGAUCUGUCUGUGUCUAUGCUAUAAAUGUCAAAUGAUGUUAUUGUGGUGUAGAGUAGAGGCUAGUGUAGUUUAUCUAGGUGAAGAAAUGUCAGUUCUAAGCUAAUUGAUGUAUAUUUCUUUGUAAAUACAACGAGACGAAUGGCUCGUUACUAAUAGCAGUAGUUCAUGUAUCGGCCCUAGCGGAAGCGCUGGUUUCAUCUAGGCAUGCACCGCGACCGCGGACGAUGAGCGCGGGCGCGCCGACGCGCUGCCGGGUGAGCCCCGAGCAGCUGCAUGUGCUGCUGUCGUUCAUGGAGGAGCACCGCGACUUUGCGGCCGGCAAGCAGUCAGUGUACUCGCGCUUUAGCGCCUGCAAGCUGUGGCGCCUGCUGGCCGAGCGGCUCAACGGCGCCGCCGACGAGUCUGGCGGAGCGCACAAGUCGCCUGACAAGUGGUGCCGGUAUUGGGCAGAUAUCAAGUACAGAGCUCGCAAAAAGUGGGCAGCUGGGGAAUCUCUGGGCGACCUAUCUAGUGUAGAGGAACGACUUCAGAGCAUUCUUGGCACCAGAACAAGUGAUUGUUCUAGCAUGUUGUCCGCGUCGGUAACGCGCCUGUGUGCAGCGGGCGCGCGCGGCGCGGGCGCGGCGCUGUCGGACGAGGCGGACGAGCGCCGCGACGACGACGCGUACUCGGAGCAGGAGUGCGCCGACGCGCCGCGCCUCGCCACCGAGGAGCUGCUGGCCGAGGCCGCCAUGCGCAGCGCGCUGGCCGCCGAGAAGCAGGCCGAGGCCGUGGCGCAGGGCGUGGAGCUGCUGCGCGAGCUGGUGGCGUUGCUGCGCGCGCCCGACCAGCUGGCGCAGCACCGCCUCUAGCGCAGGCGCAGCGCG